AUGAACAACAAACGGAAAAGUCGUCCGAACACAGGAAGGUCUACAAGGGCUCGACCGGAACGAACUAUUGUUGCCGAUGGCAUUUACAAUAAUGCCAAUUUUAUGCAUGCAAUAACUUGUCAUAUUGGCAAUACUGCACAGAUUCAAACCCAAAACGGUUUAGUUCAUGAGGGUGUGUUGCGAACAUUUUCUUCUAAUUUUGAUAUAGUUUUGGAACUGGCACAUCCAGUUGAUCCAGAUGAUAGCUCAAAAAUAAGGCCAGAAAGUGUUGUUGAAAAGCUUAUAUUUAAACCUAAGGACAUUGUAGCUAUUGAAGUGAAAGAUGUAGAUUUGGAGUAUGCAACAAGAGACACAUUCCAGACAGACACUGCCAUCAGUAAAUUUAAUGGUCAGAUUACUGAGAGAGAACUUGAGCCCUGGGAAGGGCCUAGUAUGAAUGGGGAUGAUCUGUCUCUUGAAAUCAGUGGAGAUGCUAAUGGCUGGGAUGCUCAUGAUAUGUUCCGAAAAAAUGAACAGAUAUAUGGAGUUACUACAAGUUUUGAUCAGAAUUUAGCAGGCUAUACAAUACCAUUACAGAAAUCCGACAGUAAAGAGUACAGAGAAAUAGAAGCUAAAGCUGCACAGCUUGCAAAUGAAAUAGAAAAUAAUCCUAAUUACAAGGCUCGCAUUGACCUUGAAAAUGGUGAUGAAGAAGAAAGGUUUGCUGCAGUAUCACGCCCUGGAGAAGGAUCCUCAAGUCCCAACACGGAGGGAAAAUAUGUGCCCCCUGCCAAACGAAAGAAUCCUCAAAGCGGAAAACUGUCUCGUCCUGCACAGUCCCCUCAAGACAGAGAAAGAGACAGAGAACGCGACAGGGAUCGUGAUGAGCGCAGGGACCGGGACGAGAGGAGAGACAGAGAGGACCGGAGGGACCGAGACCGGAGGGACGGGGACGAUCGCCGAAUGGGGCAGGGGCCCUCCGGGCCAGAAGCAGCCCAGGCCAGGCCUGUCAAUCCUCAGGGUCCUCCUCAGGGCCCUCCCAGCGGCCAAGUGCUGCAGGGAGCUCCAUCUCAAGUUCCACCCGGGCCUCAGGGUCCGCCCAUGCCUCUGGUGCAGGCAGUGCCCCAGGUGCAGCAAGUUGCACAGGUGCAGCAGGUUCCUCAAGUGUCACAAGUUCCUCAAGGACCCCCCGGACAGAUCCAGGCUGUACCCCAAGGACCUAAACAGUAUGCCCCUUAUCAUCAUUCGCCUCACUACCCUCCUCCAGGCUCAGUGGUGCAGUAUGCGCAGGGUAGCCCUGCUGUAGUAGCUUAUGGACAACCUGCAUAUCCGGGUCAAGUGCCUCAGCGUGUAGAUAGUGUUUAUCCUAUGACGCCUUCACCUCAAGGCGGCUAUCCAGGUCAACCUCCUUUGCCUCAAAGGGAGCACAAGGUCAAUGGAAUGGAAGCCAGAGGUCAGAGGCCCCCUAUAUCCGGUCGUGGAGGCCCAAACCGUGGAUACCAUCCCGACAUGGGGCAGAACCCGCGCUACGCGGGCCCUCCUGGCCAGGGUGGCGAUGGCCAGAUGGUGGGUGGAGACGGCAAGCCGCCUCAUGGGCAUCCCCACAUGGGAGGUGGAGGUCCGGGCGGCCCUGGCGGUCCUCAACCCUCUCGUACCCCACCGUCGCAAGGCCAGGCCAAAGAACACAGGGAACACCAUCGGGAUCAUCACCGCGAGCCCCGGGAAGGGAGCAAGCCACGCGAGCCAAGGGACAGAGACCCAUCUGAGAAGCAGGGGACUGAACCGCAGGGCUCAAGAAAAGGGAGAGGUCGCGAUGAACAAGUUUCUGAACUGAAGAAGUUUGGUUCUGACUUUAAACUGGGAGAAUCUGAGGAGGUUAAAAACAAAGUGUCUCAAGGUGGUACGUCUCCUGUAGCACCAAAUCAAGUGCAGCCCCAACAGACUACUCCUCAAUCACAGGUCUCGACAACAAUCCCUGUCAACACUCCUACACCUACAACUCCUCAGCCUCAACCAGCUGGUACUCCCACUGAAGCUGAUAGGACCACACCCAAAAGUGGAAAGGACAGUGGACCUGAUGUUGAAAAGCUGUCAUCCACAUUAAAGAAAUCAACUCUAAAUCCUAAUGCUAAGGAAUUUGUUUAUAAUCCCAAUGCUAAGCCAUUCACACCGCGUUCUCCAAGCACUCCCACAUCAAGCCGGCCCCACACCCCUCAGACUCCCAGCUAUCCACAGCCUGUUGUAACACAGCAGCCUGGUCAGCAAGGGCCACCCAUUCCCCCUAUGGCCAUGCCUGCUUAUGUUGUUACUAAUAACCAACAGCAGUUCAGCUCCUCAAAUCCCCGCAAUCGCUUUGGUAAAAUGCCAAUGACAAUGCCUCAUCGGCCCGACAUUGCCCAAGUGGCUAACGUGACUGGAACACCACUUCUGGCUCCCGCUCCCAUGCAUGGACACUUCUCCAUGCCCUACUCACCUCAGCCCUACCAACCGCAAAUGGUGCGGAUGGUGGCUCAGCAGGUGCCCAUCAAUGCCAUUCCUCAGUACCACCACGACUCACCGGGCGCCCCGCACGGCCACCAGCAGCCCCCCAUCGCUGUGCACCCCCAACACCCGCACGCGCACACCCACACUCCCCACUCGGCCCACCAGCACGCCCACCAGCAGCUCCAGUACAUCCCCCAGCCCCACCACACGCCGCACGCACACUCGCCACAUACACACACGCACCCCGCCGCGCACGGUGCGCACGGCGCGCACCCCCACCACGGCCCGCCCCCGCAGCAGGGGGGAGUGUCCGGCGGCGUGCAGCCGUCGGGGCAGCCUCAGCCCCAAUCCCACCCCCCUUCCCCCGCGGCGCCGCCCCCGAACGCCUACCCCCCACCCUCGCACCACCCUCACCCCCAGCACCCCUCGCAUCACACCAUCCCCUUCAUGUGCAUCCCUGGGCAGCAGAUGGCCCCCCAACAUCCCCACGCACACCCUCAAAUGGUACCUCAAUAUUUACAUCCUCAACAACAACACCCAGGCAAUCAACAACCUCAACAUGUGAUGCUAUUGCCACAUAGCCAAUGAUAAUGUGUGGUACUUGUAGAAAACAAAAAUGUAAUAACUUAUGAGUAAUUUAAAGCAAAGUUCAUAAAUGCAUGAGAACAAGGUCUUUGGAAGGUUGCAUUUUCAUCAACCAGCCUGCUCAUUAGUUCAAUUGAACUUGUCAGCCUUCACUCCUACUCCUAGCAGUUGUUUUAGUCUUGUUAAUGUUAGGGGUAAGAGUGAUUGGUCCGAGCCGAGGUGGCACAAACUAAAAUCAUCCCCGCCCCCCUUUUUAAAAAAAGUUUCGGUUUUCCCUUCAAGUUGAUUAUGAAUUGUUGCUGGAACUUGAGGAAUGCUUACUGUUGCAAAAUUUACUUUCCACUUAAACAGUCUCGUGAGUUAAACAUAGGUUUUACAAGGGAAAUAUGGAUAUAAGUUUCUUGUAACUUCCAGUUUCUUUUCAUUUGGUUUUUAAAUUUUGUCAACCCAUUGUGAUUCAUGAAGACUUUUUUUUCCUCUCCUUUUGAAAUUUUGAAAUUGUUUAAUUCUGCAAAGCAAGACUUGUGGAAUUGUACUUGUGGCAUGUGAGAAAGUAUGUUAACUUGUGCAGGAUGGAGGUAUAGCAAUGUGGACCAUGAAUAACCUGUGCCUGACCUUUGCCUAAGAUCCCUAGUUACAGUGAGUAAUUGUGUAGGGCAUGUUCUGUUUAUGCCCCUUCCUUUUGUAUUACUGUUAACUCAGUUAGAGGCAUUUACUCUGCUGUCUUGGAAUAUUAAGCACUUUUCCUCAUUCCAUGUUUUUCCCAUAAACAUACUGUGGAGAAAUGGCUUAUAAAUGUUUACUCCAGGAGUAACAUGGUAUGGUUCCUAAUCGAUGUUGGUUAUUUCUUUCCAUAACCAGUUCUUGGCAAGCAUUGUUUUAUAAAUGACCUACUAUGUUGUCACUCAUUACCUCAUGACCGUAAGAUUGUUAUGCUGCCUCAGAAUUGUACUCUUUCAAAUUUAGUUGAAUACACAAAAUUUUUUGCCACAA